CUCUGAACAUCCUCAUCCCUAUUUACGAUGCCCGUCGGAGCGCGCCCCAACGCGGUUAGGCCCCGCAAGACUUUCAUGCAGAACUGGUUCGCCAUCGAGGCCAUCCCUAUAUACGCCAUUAUCGGCACUGUAGUUGUCGGCGGAGCGUGGUACCUUACCAGGCUUGCGAUGGGUCCUACUGUCGUCUGGACCAAGUCUAACCCUACACCAUGGAAUGACAUUAAGCCUGACGAGAAUGUCAAGCUGAUGAGCGUCAAUCAGCAAUUCGACAAGAGCUGGAAGCGCGAGAAGUUGUAGUGGCUAUCCUACUCCUAAUCACAGUUUAGGCAUCAGGAAUGUCUAUUGUACUCCUGAACCGAAUGUGAUUCUUUUACUUGGCCUCAG